UCCCAUCUCUCACUCCCAACACCACACUCUCUCUCUCUCUCUCUCUCUCUCUCUACAAUGGCAUUGAUUCGCCCUCAAAUGCUCAAAGACUUCCUCGCAGACGACUCCAAUUCAUGCUCAUCCACCGAUUUCCGAUCCUUCCCUCGAAAAAACCCACUCGAUCCCAACACAAGCACCACAAAACGAUCAUCAUCAAUCAAAUUAACCAGAAAUCGUUCUUCGAAAGCCGCUUCAACGACGAUCUCUGCGAUUCACAGAGCUUCGGAGAUGUUAUUAACUGCCGUCAAGCACUUCCCCUUCGCCUCCUCCGCCAAGUCUCAGCCACGAACCACCGUCUCACGACGGCGCAGAGAUGUUGGAGAAAACGACGGCGUUCCAGUGGUGAAGGUGAAGGAUAUCCUGCGGUGGAGAUCGUUUAGGGACUUGGUGGUGGUGGAGGAGGAGGAAGCUCAGCCGUUGGAUUUGUGCUCAUCAAGGUGGUGUGAUGAAGAUUUUACUGCGGAGGAUUUACCGCUCUGCGGCGGUAAUUGUGGUCAGAAUUCGGAGGGUGAAAAAUGUUUACCCGAGGAGAGUGUCGGCGGCGAUUCAACGGUGGACCCCAAGGGAGAGUUAUCAUGCGAGGAGAAAGAACAGUGCAGCCCAGUCUCAGUUCUCAAUUUUCCAUUUCAAGAAGAUGAAGAAUCAAUUCCCUCUUUCCACCAAAGUCUUGCCAAUCUGAACAGGAGAAAACACAUGCUCAUGCAAAACAUACAAGAUUUUGAAGGUCUUGCCAAGCUAGAACCAACCAUCCUUGAAGGCCAAUUCUCUCUCAAUGAAAAGUAUUCAAGUUGUGAAGAAGAGUAUGGUGAUCAUGAUCAUGAAUAUGUCAAACAAGACGAUGGAAUCGAAGAAAAGGCCAGGCAACUAUUAGACCAUGUUAAAGCAUCGAGCUUAGUGGAGACAUGUGAAACCGAUGUAGAUCAAUUGCUUUUGGAUUUCUUUAGAAAUGAAUUGGCAACAAGAAGAGAUAAAAAUGACGAUGAGUUUGAUUGUGAGAUGUUGAGAGUAGCAAAAGAUUGGAUGUGUGAGCAAUAUGAUGAGUCAUUCGAGUGGGAAGUGGAGGAAAAGAGGGAGGGCCUAUGUCAGAGACAUGGAAGGCGGAGCGAAGUGGAGGUGGAGCAAGUUUGAGGAGGAGCAACAAGAGUUGGCCAUGGAGACGGAGGUUGGGGUGUUGAAUUGCUUACUAGAUGAGCUUUUAGUUGAUCUUUCUUGUUCAUUGAAGAGGAAAUUAAUGGGAAGUUGAGAAAUUUCACAUAAUAUGGAUGUCGGCCUCCCUUUCUUCCACUAAGUGCACCCUUCGACAUGUUUAUUUUCUGACAAUGGCUGUCAAUGAUGACUCGGUCGGAUUCCUCGAGUUUUCUGUGAAAGAUGACAAAGAGCAGGGUUUUCAACAUUGCUAGCUUUGUAGCCAAGUGAUGUCAAGUUACAAAUUUCUCAACGAUCAGCAAUUGCAUGGACACAGAAUCGACUACAAAAUGAACCGCAUCAAAUAAACUUGACCUUAUACACGAGGUAGCGGGGGGCACCAUUGAAGAAAUUGCUAUACUUGCAUGUUUUAUCUUUAGAAGCGUUGAUGGGGCACUACUCAUGCCAUUUUAGUACAUUUUGUGCAGUUUUAGACAGCAAAUUUUUUGUAGAGGGAAUAAGUAAGUGCUCAUAUAUUUGUUCAUUUACCUUGUUUAUUUUAUUUUCAUUAAAUGCGAAAGUUACUAAUGAAGAGAUCUCAAAACAUUAAUAAAAGUAAAAAUAAAUCGACAGUAAUAUUACAUAUUCAGAAUUUUAUUCAAUAAUAUUAAUAUAUAGUUCAGAUCAUUUUAUACAUAAAUUCUAUAAUACACCAAUUAAAUCUCCAUCG